AUGGGACAGUCGGCCUCUACGCCACGAGCUCCCCUUGAUACUGGCCAUUCGGACUACGCGCCGUUCUCGAUAGACCACAACUCUGGUUUGAGGAAUGAAGAUAUGAACAAUAGGCAGACUACCGAGCAAGGUGGCGAGGCGACAUCCUCAUCUGGGAUCGAGUCAAAUUUACAGAACGGCCAGGAUUCGUCAACAGGCCAGCUGCAUGAGCUGCCAGAAUCCUGGCAGCAGCCCACGCGAUACCCCGGUGGGUUCUCACAACAGAUGAGAAGUAUUGAAGAAGAGGGCUCCGAACAUGAACCCACUGCGCGGGAAUACCGGUCGGCGGCGAUUGCACGGAUGGCGGCAAGGAGACAGUCCACGAUGUCACGGCUAGGGUCCAGAAUCCUGCCCAAUUCAGUCAUUCGUGGCCUUCUCAGCAGCCAAGAGGAGACGCCAGCUGAAGGCCAUGCUCACAGGCAUGGACUGGUCUCAAGAACGCCGCCGCGAUCGGAAAGUGCUCACAGUAGCGGGCGAUUUAGCCCUUUCAGUGCUCUGGGAUCGAGAGGGGUCAUCCGCCGUCGCAACACGCGUGGCCCUUAUUUCGUACCCCAGCGUACUGACACGUCGGCAACGUCGGAUGGAGCCACAAGUUCUUCGCUUCUCGAUUCCUCUGUGGAUCGGCUGCCAGAGUCCAACCGGGCUUCCUGGCGGCGGGCCCGUCUCCAGCGCGUGCGCCAUUCGUUAUCAACUCCCAUCUCUCAUAUGUUUGGACAGCCUGUACCAGAUAUCUCCUCCCCCCACGAGAGCCCUGCACAUCUAUCGAGAAGCUCAUCAUUCAGUGAUGGUCUUCCAAGUGCUAUGGACACUCGCCUGGACUUUGGAGAGCCUUUACCUGAGUUGGAUUCGGUCGAACCUGGUGUCCAGCUGGACCGACCACUUUCGGCUCAUCAGCCAAACACCGGUUUGAUGGGAUCCCGUGCACUUCCAAGUCUUCUUCGUGCACGAGCGGCGAGGGCCAUGCGGCGAGAAGAGCAAACCCCUCUUUCUCGAGUUCUACAACUCGCUGCUGCUGCAAUCGCAGCCCAGCUUUCUGGUACCACCGGUCCUGCACUACCAAAUAUUCAAGCUUUGGGUAAUAACGGGAUCGAUGGCUCGCUAGAGAAUUUUAUCCAGAGUUUGCAACAUGCCACGAACCCCCCAACGCAGCCAUCUCCAGCCGGAGAAGGACCAAGUCAGACUGGAGUCGAAGUUCCAGCGGCUCCAGUAAAUUUCCUGCGUGUCUUCCGGUUUGCAAAUUCUGACUCUCCUCUUGGUACCGGUCCACUGGCACGAGGUCCGAAUGGCUCUGAAAAUUCAGGUCCUCAGCCCGAUGGAAUGUCUAUCGAUGAGCCCUCGGAAGGAGGUGAAGGCCGGACGGUUACUCUGGUCGUGGUGGGUGUCCGAUCAGUUCCUGCAGGCAAUGGAGGCAAUGGAGAAGAAGGACCGGCCGCUCCUGGUGGCGCCGGUCUGGAUGCCUUGCUCGGGCUGCCGUUUUUGCCACCUAACGCUAUUCCCCGACCCCCUGAAGGCGCUGGCGAUCUCUCAUCGCGGGCGGAUGCGCGAUCUAGGUUGCAAGCGGCUCGUCAAGCUAGGCCCGGCGGUCUUCCUCGAGAAUUCCUUCGCCAGCCUGGCCAAAACAUCCCGCGGAGGAUGUCAGAUGCCGGACCUCGCCCUCUCUCUCCGUUAUAUCCGCUUUCUACGACAACCCAGUCCGACAGUCCACCUGGACCGCACCCGCCACCAUCAACUCCAGCUGAGCCGGGUAUGUCAGCUGUAUCCUCGGGAACCUCGACCCCAAGUCGCAGGCCGUCCUCAGCCUCGACUCUGUCACCAAACCAUUUGCCCCAUCUUCAUGAGAACCAGCCCUUGCAACCCACUGUUGAGCCCUCAGAAGAGUCUGCUCCACCUGGUGCUGCCAGGCAGCGACGAAGAAGCGAUUCGGAGUUUGCUCGCCACCGCGCACUUGGCUCGGGAUCUGUUCGGCGAAAUGGAGUGGUUGAACCUGAUCAACCUCCUCCAAGUGGUGGCCGAAGCUGGCUCAUCUACGUCGUUGGCACCAACUUGUCGGAAAACCACCCGGCCCUGACGACUCCAAGUCUCUUCACUGAUAACCCUACUUACGAGGAUAUGAUCUUGCUAUCGUCACUCCUAGGCCCUGCCAAGCCGCCCGUGGCCUCUCAAGACGACAUCAACUCUGCAGGUGGUCUCUUCCGUCUCGUUGAGUAUUCAGGGUCGUUGGUUGCGGAAUCCGUUCAUGGCGCUGGCGCCAUCCAGAUCCAGGACGGCGAACGUUGUCUUAUCUGCUUGAGCGACUAUGAAGUGGCUGAAGAGGUCCGGGAGUUGGCUAAAUGCAAGCAUGUGUUCCAUAGGGAUUGUAUUGACCAGUGGUUGACCACGGGCCGAAACUCGUGCCCUCUUUGCCGAGGCCAGGGUGUUAAAGAGACGUCGAACGACGAGGGUCCAGCAGCAGCUGAACCUGCUCCUGCUCCAGCCCCUGAGGGCACUGCCAUAUAA